AGGGAGUUCAUUGCAAAGACUGAGACUGCGCAGCUCAACCUCUAAUCGCUGUAUCAUACAUAACCUCUGGCGUGGCGUCUCUUAGGGUUUUAUGCGCCUCCCUAGAUCGCUUGUCGUCUAUCUUUCCAUUUCUCCUUUUCAAAAUAUCUGUGGUUUCUUCGAUAUAUGAAGCACGGAGUUUGCAGCGAGACGGGAUACAACUUCUUAAAUGGGUACAGCCUUGCAGCAUCCCUUAAUGAUAAAUCAAUAAUUGGACGCCAUGCUGCCGUAUUGCGACUCCCGAGAGGGGCAGUGCAUAUCAAGUUCCGGCAUGGGGCAGCACACCAGAAUGUUUUUGGAAAUUCGUAACUCGAGGCUGUUCAGCCGCAAUUAUAACUCUUUCAGUCUUAUGUCUUAAGUCCGAAAGCUUACCUACUUAGAACCAUGACCAUAUUCCCCUUUCCCUUCUUUUUAACUCUGCUCGACAUUCUUUUCUUCUGUUUUGCUUCCUUUAUCUUAGUUUACAAUCGAGUUCUAGGAGAGUUACAUAUCUAUAAUCUAUGACCUACCUACCUUAGUUAGUCAUUAGGUAUGGCAGCAACAGCGAGUCUAGCUGGUGAUAAUAUAACACCCCAAAUUACAGAUAAUGAGGGACGAGCUGAGACCGAUUCUUCACAACAACCCUUGACAACCUCCGUGCCCGAUGACGCAUCUCUCUUGGCUUCCUUUUGGAAGGACAGAUAUCCCAACACUGAUAACGUAGCGUCCAGCCUCGGUGUUAUACCGGACUUCAUAAUGCUCGAUGAAAUGCUCAUCGACGGUACGCUGAAUAUGUCCUCCAGUGAGCUUAGAGAAUACACAGGAGCGAGGUCUUUCGAAUGGCUACAGAAAGUCUCUCAACUCCGCACGUCUAGUGGUUGUGCCAUAUUCAAAUAUUCUCUCGAUCCAACAAAUGCUCUGGUAUCAUCCGAGUCUCUAACUAAUAGCGAACCCCUUGUUCCUAUUGAUCAUGGGGGCGCUCCUAGUGGUAUUGUUUAUUGUAUCCAACCAUCGUGGGCAGGCACGGCUAAGGGUAUUUUAAACUACGUGGACUUGGCGCUGUUUUUUAACCUCUUCCAACCCGAGUUAAAGAAUAAACGGAUGAAUGCAUUCUUGAAAGGUGGUAAUAGAUCACUUUCGAAUGUUCUAUACACUUUUGUUACUCUUUAUUCUCGACACUACGAUGUGGAACAACUGAAACUUAUAGGUGAUGGUUCUGUCAUGGAAAACAACAUUGUAACCCUUCAAUAUCAUUUACGCUAUUUCCCGAUUGAUCUACACCGAUCACUAGAAAGCUUGGACUUUGGGAUUCCUUGUGAUAGAGAGGGCGGAACUCUCCGGCUCUCGGGCAAGAGGUUAAAAAUCUCAGAAAGACGUACUUCGGUUGUCUUCUUGACAGACUUCUCUAAAGCAGGUGCAUUCGUCAUUACUAUCUGCCACGACAACAGCGCGGAUCGUGUCGAUAUCCCCAAACAAGUCAUUGAAUCGGUCUAUGGAGCACAAGAAGUGAUUCUCUUCCAGGAAAUCAGCAUGCGUCUACUAAACAGGUGGCAUGGACACUGGAUUCAGACUCUGCUUGAUUUGGAUGAAAUCCUCAUAGUCAAGGUCCAGGAUAUCAUUGAAGAAACGUCUCGUAAACAUCUUAUGUAUGAUGACGACGACCUGCAAAGGUCCGAGCUGUAUUUUAGCAUGCUCCAGUUCCUAUACAUCUUCUCUACAUGUAUCCAGGAUGAUACAAGUAUGCUAAAAAAUGCGAUACAUCGUACGGAUAAGUGGUGCGGCAUUAUCAAGCAAGAAAAACAGCAUAUGAAUAUUGAACAUCUAAACCCGGUUAUUUCGACCGUCCAGCAUAACUGGAAAUUUCUCCUUGAGAGACUAGAUUCCAUUGAGGAAGACCUAACCGACCGCAUCACACGAAAAACCGAUCAGAUAAAAAGUCUCCGGGACGGUUUGUUCAACGCACAAUCAGUUCGGGAAGCUGUAAGGAGCAGACAGCUCAACAGAUACCUCUUUGUCUUUACGAUUAUCACCAUUAUUUUUCUUCCACCGAGCUUCGUGGCGACAUUUUAUGGGAUGCAUCUUUUCGACGGAGCUGGCAGUAUUGACGAAACCCAGAAAAGUUUCUGGAAAGUAUUCGGAAGUAUUACUGCUGUGACAUACACGCUUGGGGCACUUGCAAUUACGAGUUUUAGUUGGAAAGGACGGUGGCUAGAAUCAUCGUACCGUGAAUUGUUCCAGAACGAUGGGGUUCCGGGGAUAUUGAAUAUGUAUUACAUCCGAUGUAAGAACUUUGUCACUGGAUAUGUCUUACAGCGAGGAAGAAAGUCCCAAAGUGACGAAGAAAUCGCUUUGGAGAGCGAAUAGAUGAUAUAACUAAAUAUAGGGGCUUCUUGUAGAUACCUAUUUGUUUCUUCUAUAUUAGUAUUAAUAAAAUGGCGGGCCCUAUUUCCUUCUUAUCAUUUUGGGGAAAAUAUUAUGGCUUUUUAUUCUAAGUAUUAUACAUAUCCCUAUAUAGCAACAUUUGUAAUAAG